CAAAAAAGAGAGAGAGAGAGAGAUUCGGCGUGAAUGAAAGAGGCCACUGAGCUCCUAUAAUGUCUCACAACCUUGUAAAACCCUGAAAGGAAGGCCAAAAAGACACGUACACGACCCCUUCUCUUUCUAACAAUUCACCACCUAUAUUUCUCAUCUACAUAAUUUAUUUUCUUGUAUUUUAUCUUGCUCUACAUUGUUGCAUCCUUUCUUGCGAAUCCCAGAGUCUUGUCCAUUCACUUUACAGAAGGCUUGAUGGAUCAAACAAACCAUCCAAGUGUCAUACAGAAAAUAAAUUUUGGUGUCCAGCACCCUUCUCUGAACCAGAGAAAAUGCAAAGGUGGAAAUUAUAGCAUUGCUGGUUUGCAACAUCCAAUGGUGCAGCCAAAUCGAUCCAGACAUGAUAUAUCAAUUACAUCGUCCGCUGUGUCACCAGUUUUUGUCCAAGCACCUCAGGAGAAAGGCAUUAAAGGGUUUCUCACUGAUUUUCUCAUGGGAGGAGUCUCUGCAGCUGUAUCCAAAACUGCUGCUGCUCCAAUUGAACGCGUGAAGCUUCUGAUCCAGAACCAGGAUGAGAUGCUCAAAUCUGGGAGGCUUUCUGAGCCAUACAAAGGUAUAGGUGAUUGUUUCAGCCGAACAAUGAAGGAUGAAGGUGUUGUAUCGUUAUGGAGAGGAAAUACUGCCAACGUCAUUCGUUACUUCCCAACUCAAGCCUUGAACUUUGCUUUUAAAGACUACUUCAAGAGCCUUUUCAACUUCAAGAAAGACAGGGAUGGAUACUGGAAAUGGUUUGCUGGUAACUUGGGCUCUGGAGGUGCUGCUGGUGCUUCAUCCCUCCUCUUUGUUUACUCGCUGGACUAUGCUAGAACCCGUCUAGCAAAUGAUGCAAAGGCAGCAAAGAAAGGAGGAGGACGGCAAUUUAAUGGCUUAGUUGACGUCUACAAGAAAACAUUGGCAUCAGAUGGUGUUGCAGGGCUUUAUCGUGGAUUUACCAUUUCAUGUGUUGGUAUCAUAGUUUAUCGUGGUCUCUACUUUGGAAUGUAUGAUUCCUUGAAGCCAGUCCUCCUCACUGGGAAGAUGCAGGAUAGUUUCUUUGCUAGCUUUGCCCUUGGUUGGGUUAUCACUAAUGGUGCUGGAUUGGCUUCCUAUCCCAUUGACACUGUCCGCAGAAGAAUGAUGAUGACUUCUGGUGAAGCAGUGAAGUACAAAGGCUCAAUGGAUGCACUUUCUCAGAUAAUGAAGAAUGAAGGUACUAAAUCGCUCUUCAAGGGUGCUGGUGCCAACAUUCUACGUGCUAUUGCAGGUGCUGGUGUUCUUGCUGGUUAUGACAAGCUGCAAGUGCUAGUUCUCGGAAAGAAGUACGGAUCAGGUGGUGCAUAAAAAACACAAAUGCCCCUCGGCCCUUCAACAUUAGAUCAUGAUGAAAAUAAUUCAAAUUUUUUAGCUAUCGCACCAACAAUCUUUUUUCAAUAAAUCAGUUUGAUCAUGGGAGUGAGUACUCCUGAACAGCUGAGCCCCACAAUCACCAGACAAGUAUCAUUUCAGUUUUGUAAGAACACAAUAUUUACGGUAGUUUUAGAUAUAUUAUGUGGUAAUUUCUAUUGUGAAAUCCUUUUUAUUGCUAGGGGAUAGUUCGUAUCUCUCUGCAAUUACAUUACACUUUGUACCAAGUCCGAAGUUCCAGUGGAACAAAGUCAUGGAUACAGAGUAAACCCUUACCCUUACUGUAUUGAAACCAGAAGUUAUAUCAAGUCUGGAACAAUCACGAGUGUCAGUUUCUGAGUGUCGGGUCUUGUCACUGGACAUUUCAAUUUCCAUCCUCGCUUCUUAAUACUUGUUUCAUUAGUUUCUAUGACUGAAGGCAGUAACUACAUAAGCUGUAUAUUUGAGACUUCCUCAACAGGGUGAAGAAUGUAGACGCUAGAAGCUUGUUUUAGGGAAUCAAUUGAAUCAAUUGUGCAUGUUUGGGGGAGCUCUUCCUCCGCAAUUUCC